UACAGACGAUUUUGUUGUUGAAUUUGUGUGAAAAUCGUCAUAUCCUCUGGGCAUUUCAUCGGGUUGGGUCGCCUCCUGUCGAUUUCCUUCCACACAGCUUGCAAUUGGCUAUAGACCUUCUCUAGUGUCUGGUCUCCUUGUUUGAUGCUGCUAGCUUUCACCAUCAAGUUGUAUACCUGCAAGGGAUCUUUCCCGGAGCCGUAGGUGGCUUCGAUUCCCUUCCACAGAUCCCAAGCAGUAGGAUAAUCGAUAUAUUGAUUGACAAUAUCCGAUUCUAUGUUUUCUAGAAUCCAUGUUAUAACCGUUGAGUCUGCUUGUCUCCAUUUGAUAAAUUUGGGGUCAUCAGAUUUGAGAGGUGUGGCAGUGAUGUGCUUGAGCCGCCCUCUCCCAUCCAACGCCAGACUCAUUUUGCGUGCCCAAAUGGCGUAGUUCCUAUCGUUGAGCUUUUCCGCCAUAUUUAAUGGCUAAUUGGAAGAGCUCUCGAUAGGUUCGGCCUUGGGUGUCAAAUUCUGAAAAUUUUGAAGAAUUUCCAGAAUUUGUGCAAGAUUGAUCGGCUGAUUUUUCGGGUCAGAUUCCUCUGUGUUUAUGGAACUGCCCGUUUGAGGAGUUUUAUCGGACAUUUUUUUAUGGUAUAUGAUGAAUGCUGCGUUUCAUUCAAUUGUUUGAUCGAAUGAUGGGUCUGAUACCAUAUUAGAAAUAUUAGAAUGAAUUCACAGCAUAAUAUUCAUCUUAUUCAAUUCAUCAUCAAAUGAUGAGUAUAAAUAUUACAAAGUGAAUAAUCUAGACAAUCAAGGAAGUUAAGUGGAAGAUAAUAAAAUAUCUUUGAUUGGUAAUUUGAUUCCAAUCAAGGAUAUUAUCUUAGUCAUCAAUAUUAUUCCUUUGUUUGAUACUAUUCCUUUGUUUAACAUUUCUAACAUUGGAUACGUGGGGUCCACACGCUCUUCCGGUUUUGACAAACCUAGAGGACUUGAAUAAUGCUCAAGAGAAGGCAAGCAUAAAUCAUAUUCCUAUGCCUCAACCCAUUGAGCAUAAUAAUAAUAAUGUGAGAAACAAGAGGGAGCUUGUGGUUGAUUUGCAGAAAGAGAAAGAGAAACCCCAAGCUGGAUCUGUUCCCCUGAAAACACAGCUUGAGAACUUGGAAUACAUCGAGAAUGAAUGGGAGCGGAUGGACCGAGAAUUCAGAAUGGGCACAUUGACUCUUGGCUCACUCGUCAACUCCUUUCAGCAUAUCAAACAGCACUAUCCCGAAGAUUAUAAGCUUUGUAACUUGCCAGCCAUGGCAUACUCCUACGCUCGGCCUCUCUUCUCCCGACUAUUUCACAGGUGGGACCCACUUCAAAAUCCCACUCAUGGAUUAGAGGCUGUAUCGCCGUGGAAGGAUCUGCUGCGGUUGGAAGAAGAAGAAGAAGAAGAUGAUGAUGAGGACCACUCUUCUGGUCCUUACACUCAGUUGUUUAUGGAAAUAGUUUUUCGUGCAGUAAGAAGAUCAGGGACAGGCAACAGACCCAGAACCCAUGCUUCGGUUUUUGGAAUCCUGGGAAAAGCUGUUGCCUCCUGCUGUUCUUCGCACCAUUCUUGAUAAUGUUGUUUUGCCUAAACUAUUAGCUGCUGUUGACCUUUGGGAUCCCCGUGAAACUGCAGAGGAAAUCCCAAUCCACACUUGGAUUCAUCCAUGGCUCCCCUUGUUGGGACACAAACUCGAAACGUGUUAUCCCACAAUAUGUUCCAGAUUGGCAAGUGGUGUACUUGAUGCAUGGCAUCCAAGUGAUGAGUCUGCCUACUCCUUACUGUCACCAUGGAAGACCGUGUUUGAUCCCGACAGUUGGGAAGAACUCAUGGUAAAAUUUAUCGUCUCAAAGUUAUCGGCUGCAAUGCAAGAACUCCAAGUGUCGAUGAAUCCUGCAGGAAACCAGAAACCUUAUCAGUUUGAGUGGGUCCAAACAUGGGCCACUCAUAUUCCAUCCCAUCACCUGCUUCCCACAUGGGAUAUCUUCUUCAACAAGUGGCAAGAUGUCCUGUGCCGCUGGUUAUGUUCAAACCCACUCUUUGAAGAAGUGACCAAAUGGUUUUUAGGUUGGAAGAAUCUUUUGCCUAAAGAACUUGUUGCAAAUGAACACAUACGAUAUAGGCUCAGUCUUGGUCUGGAAAUGAUGGCCCGGGCAGCCCAAGGCUUGAGACCCAGAAAAAGGAAGCUUGAGACUCAGGAAAAGGCUCAACAGCAUGGUUAUGUAAGCAUGAGAGAAGUGAUUGAAGCUCAUGCACAAUAUAACGGGUUGGCAUUCAAACCUAAGCCGGGCAGGAUUCCGAAGGACGGGCAUCAAAUUUAUGGUUUUGGUAACAUAAGCGUAAUAAUAGACUUUGUGAAAGAGAAGGUAUUUGCGCAAAUUGUGGAGGAGGGCAGAUGGUCUUUGGUUUGUCUUGAACAGCUUUUGGAGCUACACAAUCAAUAUGGCUUGAAGAAGAGGAGGCGAUGACGACUAAAGCACCCGGUUGUGCGCCAGUGGUCCAAUCACUUUGAUCGUUUUACACUGGAUUUUUCUCAACAUCUUAUGCUUUAUAAACUUAUUGAGGAGGCAAGUAGUGCCCAUUACACUUCAGUAGUGGUGGCUAUUGAUGAUGAUGAUGGGACCAGUCUUGGAAUCUACAGAACCCCAUAUAUUCCAGAUGGUCCUGGCGACAUUGGCUUUAAGGUGUAAACAAAUGUUUCUCAAGUUGGUCCAGCAGCUAUGUUUAUUUGGCUGUGUCGGUUUUCAGCAUCUACACCUUUGAAGAAUAUUUUACACUUAUGGUGCACAGGUCUUUGACACUAAAUGUGCUCUUAUUUGAGAGUCUCUAUGCUCUUCUUUGUCUUUAAAACAUCAUUUCCAAGGACCCAUAUUCAGCAUGGGCAUGUGUUAUAUCUUUCAAAGCAAAGUUAUAAGAGCUAUUCUAGGGAAAAACAGUGGUGCUAUAGGUGCAAUGAUUUGAGCCCAGCUAAUGAGAAAACAAGCAGUGACACAAUAGUUGCAUUUAAUACAUACGGAGGAUAAAAAAAUUAAGGCAGACUCGCUGAUCUUUCAUUGUGUAUCCGUGUAGCUAUUUGCUGGGAUCAGUGGUUUCCAGAAGUACUGUUAUUCUUAACUGCUAUUGGUUCUACAUUGUGUCUUCUUCUUCUUCUUCUUCUUCUUCUUCUUCUUCUUCUAGAGGCUCUGGCAACAAGGACUUUGCUUCUUGCUUGAAGAAAGACUUGGAAGAGAAACUGAAGGCCCAAUUUGAGGAAGAGUGAGCAACUACGUACUCCCGGGUACAAUUGUUUUCUUCUUCAAGUGAUGCCUCCGGUGAUGCACUUCUAUCCGCAACCCAAUGUACUCUCGGAACCAUAGACAGAGAAAGCAGACAUACAAAAUGGUUGUGAUGUU